ACAAAGUUCUGUUACGAGUUUAAACAGGCUGCUCUCCUUAGACGUACGCUUGUUGCAGUGUUUGAAGACAACAGCCAGAACUUCCUGUGAGAAGUAGCUUUCUAGGGGGAAAGGGGACUUCCUUGUUUGAGCUGGAGAGUCAACUUUGAGCCAGCCAGAACUCCAUCGGUCGUGAGAGUGGAUCGGGUCGAACAUAUUCUCAGUGGAAUCUGAAUAAUGUGGUGCAUAGUCUGGAAGAUCGGCGAUGACUACACUCGGUAGUGACUUAUAGUCGGGUAAAACCGAAAGCAUGAGUCAGGAAGAGGAGGAAAAUCUGGGUACGGGACUGAGGGACGUCUACGACAUCCUCGACGGGACGGCUCUGGAUCGAGUGACGAGCCUGACAUUCCAGAUGGGCGAGUCUCCCGCAGAAAUCAUCAUACAUGCCUUCUGCCUGAUCAUUCUCCGGAGGCAGGAGCAGGCCCUCAACAAACUCCAGAUGCUGGGGGACAGCUACCACGUGAAACAUCUGGCUGAGAUCUUAGAAAAGAGUGAAGGUGAAUUAGCGGAUUUCAGAGUUUCUCUGGAUGUAACAGGAGAAUCCCCGCGAGCUCUGGCUCGGAUUUUCAGGGUCCUGUCGGAGCAAGGACUGUGCGAGCCUGUUCGGAGGAACCUGGCCUACAAAAGAGCCGUCUCUACUGACAACCAGAUUUGGGAAGACCAGGAGUAUAAUCAACUGAAAGAGGAGGCUAGAGAUGUCUGUGGGCCAGAGUUUGCAGCCUGGAUGUCCUCCUUAAAGUCUUUCCCUGAUCCAAGCGGCAGUGUAGUUGAAAGAACUUUGAAGGUUUAUGGGGAUUCAACCAGGCAGAUCGAGGAUCUGGCCCUUCCCUGCCCGCUCCAGGCCAGCUGCUCUGAACCAUCAUACCCCACUCAUCUGGAGAUAAGUGCAACCCCCACUGCCAUAUUGAAAGAGGAUGGAAUAAGCCCAGAACAAAGCCCUGCCCUCCCUCUUGCGAGAAAUGACCCCGAACAAUCACCUGCAAAACUCCUCCGUCAACCUGAACCUCCUUCUGGGACGGGUGAAUCCGUCCUCUCAGAAAACAAGAAGCUCGAUGAGCUCCCGUGUAAACCAGGGCCUGCCACUGACACCAGCCCGCCGCCGGAGGCAAACAUCAUUCUCCCAAAGACAUUACUACAGCCAAACACCGGUUCACUCACAGAAGAGGAAGAGGAGGUGAUGUUCUACCCAUUUGUAAUCCUCCAUGCACCAGAAGACACAGAGGCGGCGGAGGCCAUAAAAGAAAAGAUGGAAACCGUAAUCGGCGCUGACGGCGCCACCUUCUCGGAGGACUUUGCCAUUCCUGGACGGAGCACUCUGAGAUGCAUCGAGGACGCGAUCAACAACUCUGCCUUCACAGUUCUGCUGCUCACUCGCAACUUCAACACGCGCAUGUUGGAAGUGAAGACGGAAUCGGCUCUCAUCAACUCCCUCCACAACAAGCACAAGUACAACACCGUCAUCCCUCUGGUCCCGUCGGAGAACCGUCUGCCGAAAGAUCAGAUGCCCCUUGUCCUCAAAACGCUGGUUCCGCUGGAGGAGAGCAAGAGCUUUGAGAAGAAGCUGAGGAAGGUUUUCUCGCCAGCCAAGCUUAAAGCGCAGAAGAGACUGUGGGUGGAGCAGCAGAGAACACUACUCCGUCAUAACCAGCAGAGGCACCUGCUGCAAGCCAGUAAAGCAACUCAGUCCCAGGAACAUGCUUUCAGCCAUUGUGACUUUGCAGGCGCUCUGCCCAUGUGGCAGCAGAAACCCAACAUUCACAUUGAAAAUGCCAAAUACAUUAUGAUCGGUAAUGAUUCUCGCAUGACAGUAGAUCAUGGCUGCAGUUUGGAGAAAGAUGAUUAAGACUGUUUUUGACGUUUCUGAAUCAUAACUUGCCUAGUGUGUAUCUAAGUCCAGAAUAACUUGACACUGUUACCGUUUAGAAGACUGAUCCUGACUUUAAAACUAACUAUUUUCAUACAACUGAGUCCUCAAUAGAGUGCAUUUUAGUUAGGCACGUGCAAGAAAACAACACUUCAUUACCUGAUUAAAACACCAGCGAGAAUAGAACCGACAGUUAUUGUGUAUUUUGAUCUGCAUUGCUCAGCAAAACAGAAGCUAGCUUUCCAAACAAGAUUAGCAUGCUAACAUACAAUUAGCUUGUCAAGCCUAAUAUUAAAAAAUAACUUACCGUUUCAAAUAAGGUGCAAUGGAUAAACAAUGAGCAGCAUUCUCAGGUAAUUAAUGGAGCAAAUUAAGUUGAUGUGUUCGAGGUCUUUCGACAUUUAUAGUCAGGGACUGCCAUCUAUUGACCAAAACAUUGUGACGUUGGAGAGCGCAAUGUGUACUAACUGGUUUUUGCCGCUAGGCGGCGGUGCUGUUGCGUACUGUUCGCCGGUUCGUUUCAAAAGUGCCAUUGUAUCUAGUUUGUAUUCGAUCACGUUUGUUAUAUCAUUUAAUGGUGACAGGAUAUGGAUAACUAUAUUGCACUGUGGGGUUUACAGGAAUAUUCAUGUUGUGUGUGUGUUUUUAUUG